CUCACCUUGUCGCACAAUUUUAGACCCUUCGUCGAUUCCUGAAUAGACGGACCUUGGCCAUAGAGGACGAGUGCAGCGGUAUGAGCAAAAAGUUCAAAUCGCAGGCCUCCAGCGCUCGUGCCGCUUCUGCUGCCUUCGGAUCGUCCUCGUUCGGUGGCUUCGCUACGCCUCCGACAGCCUUUCAGACUGCACCCUCUUCCCUUUCAUACAUCGCCGAACAACCAGACCUGACCGCAAUCUCGGAUCCUCAUCUUUUAGUCGCCUUCAGAAAUUUAGGAAAGAAGGACAGCAUAACCAAGGCCAAAGCUCUUGAGGAGAUACAGGACUAUGUUGGAAGUGCGGCAGCCUCCAGCGGAGGGGAUGCUGGCCUGCUAGAAGCAUGGCUCAGCCUUUACCCGCGUACCUCGAUCGACAAUUCGCGACGAGUUCGCCAGCUUGCACAUAUCAUCCAGGGGUCUAUCACUUCCCUGUAUGGAAAACGAAUCGCACCCUCUCUACAGCGAGUAAUCGGACCGUGGCUUUCCGGCGUCUAUGACAGUGACACAUCUGCUGCAAGGGCUGCGCAAGAUUCUAUCGCUUCGUCGUUUUCAACAGAUGAGAAGAGGCGGGCUUUAUGGAAGGUGUACAACACGACUCUGAUCGACUACGUUGAAGAUGCAAUAUUCGUCCAAACACCGAAUACCUUGAGUGAUGAGCGGUCAACCACUCCAGAAGAUGCCGAAGCAAAGUUUGUUCGCGUUGUCGGCAAUGCGAUGUACAUGUUGAGCCAGGUUAUCAAAACAAAUUUGUCUGGUACCCAGGCCGAGCAGUCAGGUCUUCGUGAACGUACUGAGACCACAGUACGGAACAAGAAGCUUUGGGAACACUCCUAUCAUGAUGAUCCCGCACUGCGUCGGGCUGCGUGUAGUUUGGCCCUAGUCUGUUCCCAAGUCUUGCCUUCGGCUCUGGACUGGAAAGUCGUAAGCUCUUGUUUCGUGGGCAAAGCCCUACAUGUCAGUCAAUUAGGCUCUUCAGGUCGGUUCUCAGAAGCCAUCUUGGCCCUGACAACAGCACGACCCGAGAUCUGGACAACGGACUACACCUCCAAGACUUCGGCGUUCAAACGACUUCUCCAGUAUCUCAGACGCGGAUCCCAGAGAGGUUCGGCAGAUUACUGGACCAACCUUUCCCGUCUACUGUUGAAACUUCCUUCGGAGCUGUUGUUUGGAGGCAAUAAUACAGGCGCAAACGAUCUACCCGCCAUUGAGGCUGUCGUAGAGGCAGUAAGAGAGGGUGUUUCCAAUGCAGACGAGCCCCGACAGAACCUCGAUACCGCAUGGUCAGUCUAUGUACAGAUCUCAUUCUGGCUAAUGGAGAACGUCAAUCAAGAAGACGCCCAGUCGACUUUCUUCUCUCAGCAUUUGCUCCCACUUCUCCUCCGACAUGUAUUCCCCAUCCCUCAAGAAGCCUCUAGGGGUAUACCCCCUGCGACUAGCACGAAGAUUUCAGAUACAGUGCUUCUAGAGGCUCUUGAACGGGGCUUAAGAACUAGCUUUGAAACUGCCUGGGGCCAGUUGUGUUCAAAAUUGGUUGAUAACAUGAAAUUGUCAUUACCAGAAUCUUCCAAAGAUUUCACCAAAUCCCAGGACAAUGUGAUUGCGCAGGCAACACGGCUGUUUGAGCUCAAAGCGGCUGUACUGCGGACCAACUCUCUUGAUUCUACAACUCAGGCCUUUGUCAAGGAAGUAUUUGAGGCUGAAGAUAGGAAGUUAGCCAUCGCUGCCAUCGACGUACUAAAAUCUCGUAACGGCAAGCCCUAUGGAGCUGCCUUUACACUUCGAGACGUGGCCUCGCUCGAUGAUUCCUCGGCUACAAGAGACCUGCUGGUGAAUUUCCUACAAUCUGAUGGCCUGGAUCUGUUGAGCAGCCCUUCAGCCGAGUUCCUAGCGGCUCUGAUGCUUCGUCUAAAUCAAGAUCUGGCAUCGAUAAUCUCACGUCUACUACAUUUCGACGAAAACAUGUUCGCGACUAAAGCCAUGGCAAGUCUUUUAAAAGAAAUAUCAGCGCCCGAGUUCUCGAAGCACGAGAAUUUACAGCUUUUUAUUCUAGAAAAGAUUUCUCGGGGCGCAGGCGGCGACCUUGAUCGGGACUUGAUAUCAACGGUGUUUCAGAAUCCUCAACUUCGGUCUUCCCGGUUCGAUCAACUCUGCAAUGACAAGAUACUUGAGCAGCUAUCUCCAGAGACAAUUCCAGCCCUACAGCGUGCUACUCUUGGCCUACUGAUCCACCUAUUGAGCAGCAUGACUCCCAAGUCGCAACCCUUCUCAGAACAGUUCGACAGUAGUCUCCUCUCCAGAGUUCUCCUGCUGUCUGAUUCUGACGACACAGGCACUGCCGAGCUUGCUGCAUCCCUAUUAUCAAGGCUCAGAAGCGCAUCUUCGGGUUCCAGUUCCGUGGCUGAAUCAGCUACGAUAGUCGUAUCCGAUCAACUCUCCGGAAAAGGCAUUCCCCUUUCAAUCUUCGCAUUGAUCGAUCUCGCCAAGGAUAUUCUUAAAGACAUAAAAUCAGAUCAGUCUGGGACUGAACUACUUCCAUCCGAAUCACAGUGGAAAAGUGCACUAGAACCGCAUCUGUCAGGGCGGCGACCACGUUCCCUGACGAUCACCAGCGCGCUCCAUGGCUUAUUGUAUUUGGUUGAUGAUAGCCCGGAACCUCGAUCCUCGGAAGUGCUGCGCGAUGCGGAUGACUUCUCUCUCCUAUUCAGACUCGUCUUAUAUUCGACCCGUCUCCUUAGUGAGUCUAGUAUACUAACUCGCGUUCAUGGGGCGGAUCUGCAGACGUUAUAUUUCUUCUACGUGUUAUCAAUGCAGCUGGUCAAUGAAAAAAUGACAAUGGAAUCGGCGAACGACAUUUGGUUGAAUACCAACCAGGAUGUUAUUGACGAAGUUGCCGACACACUCUCUCAAGGGAAUGGAUUGAUCCAACAAUGGAUCAAGGAUGACAGCCUCAUGAAAUUGUGGAUGCAACGCAUUCGGUCCGUCAAUGAUUUGACCCCUUGCUCUUACCUUCAGGGGUUGGCAUUCACGGACGUUGCAUCACGCUUCGUGGACAGCCAUGGAACUGCUCUAAUCAUGGCUGAGUUCGAGGCAGAGAUAAAAGAGGCAUACCGAUCGCCAGGCUUGAUACGCUCCGCAUGCUUAAUAUCUUCUUGUCGCGAUCAGCUCCUCACUUCGGCUCAGGGCCGUAGGCUGCUCAACGAGCUUGUUGCUGCAUGCACAGACAUGAAGACUUCUGCAUACUCAAUCGCGUCGAUGCGAAGCUUAGUUUUGCUAGACUUGUUGGUCAACAGCGACCCGGAGCCUUUGGAGGCUAUUCCGAACCAAAGAAUGGUGUUUCUGAUGCAAGCACUUAUACGACUUCUGGAUGCUUCUUCGGAUGAUCUUUCUCUGCAGACUCAGGUCUUGAGGGUUCUGGAUCCAGUAUUGCCUACUACCAGCGACAUUUAUGGAGAGCACUGGGAGCAAAUGUUUGACUACCUGGUCGCACUUUGGCACGAGGAACGUAAUCUAGAGGAUGACCUGCCAUUAAUCCACGCGUCACUGCGACUUUACGGGCGACUCCAAACUCUGGCAAAAAGCGACGACUGCAAUGAGGACCUUUCGGACGCAUACAAGACCGCUAAGGCAUCGCUCGAGGGAGGGCUCCUUGAUUGUCUACAGAGUUUCCAUGUUUCCGAUGCGCAUCUCAAUCAGCCUCGUCUGAUCGCUGCAGAACUACUUCGUAGGCAACUCGCACAGGUCUCGGUGCUUCAUGACCCAACUCUUUACUCAUUCCUCUCCUCGACAGAGGACCCAGUCCGACGCAGUGCCUACGAUUUGCUCCAUCGCUCCAUUCCGAAAGCUCAGGAGCAAAUCUCAAUUGACAUAGCUUUGGAAAAGAAGGAUGCUCAUCUGCCCGAAGAGCUCUUGUCCCUACUGUCGAAUGUUCCCACGAAUCAAGAAUCCGGUGGCACGAUUCGACAGAGCUAUCUGCUUCAGUGGCGGCUGGCCUUCGAUCACUUCACCAAUGCUUCCUACAGACUCCAGGAAAUGUAUGUGGCGGAUAUCAAGAGAGGAGCCCUUAUCACGGCUCUGCUCGAUCUCAUUUGUGAAAUAUGUCGCAUCGCUAGCGGGAGGCCACUAGAUGCCUCCAAAGCAGAUUUUACCAACUUUGAAUAUGGCGUAGCCGAAUCCGAACAGCAAGAAGAGCAACGACUAAGUAUACACCUUUACUAUUGCUGUUUAUUCUAUCUUCCCAGUCUUACGCGAAGUUGGUUCGUGGAGCAGAAGAAUAGAAUUAAGGCGCCGCUGGAGGGCUGGACGCAGAAAUACUUCUCGCAGUCUUUGAUCUCUGCCGCAUCCUCAACAGUCACUGAGUGGGCGACAUCCCAAUCGCAAGAUGAAAGAGAAGCGACGGUCAGUGUCAAAACGUCAAUGAGUGGAUCAGAAAUUGUGGCAUCAAUUGUCAUCGACCCGGAAUCCCCUCCCAUUGCGAUCGCCAUUUCUCUACCUUCGACUUACCCUCUCGAUGCCCCUACGGUGGAGUCUCGGACUCGCGUUGGGGUGUCGGAGAGGAACUGGCAAUCGUGGCUCAGAACCUUCCAGAUCAUCAUUUUCAGCAGUGGAAGCAUCAUUGAAGGCCUCAUCGCUCUCCGUCGAAAUGUCCAGGGUGCUUUGAAAGGGCAAAGUGAAUGUGCGAUUUGCUACAGCAUCAUCGGUACCGACAUGCAAACUCCCAGCAAGCGUUGCGGCACUUGUCGCAAUACUUUCCAUGGUGUCUGUUUGUUCCGAUGGUUCAAGAGUUCCAAUAGCUCAAGCUGUCCGCUUUGUCGAAACAACUUCAACUAUGCUUGAGGGGGGCAACUGAACACUGAGCCAAGUUGUGAAGUUUGGCUAGCUACUUGGUAACUGAACACCAUACGACAAGCGGAGUUGUCGCAUAACUUGGGCGUCUGCUCAUGACUUCGUGGGGCUUCGAGAGAAGGAUGAACUUCCCUGGGACUAGAUAUGUAGACAUCAAUCAAAGCCGAGGACCAGCAUGGUCUUCACGGCAGAUGAUGACACUUCAAAAGUUCAUGAGGGUCGGGACAAUAGCGAAUACUAUUACUUGUAUCUCUU